CGACGGUUGGUUCGUCUCACUGGCUGAGCGCGAGACUUCGAAAAUCGUCUGGCCAGUGUGUUAUGGUGCUCCGUCGCCAACGGUUCAGUCAGACCAGUGCGCUCCAUAACGUGUAACAAGUGAUGUACCCAAGUCGUGCCGGCAUCCUGGUGCACGUCGGCUCCCUGGUCACGGUCCUCGCGGCCGUGCACGCCGUCCUGGAGCUGCCCGACACGUCCGGCAUCGAUGGUCAGGUCACCGCCAACCACAAAGUCGAUCACUUCUUCUCCUUGUGGCUGGUCUUCAAUAAUGACAAUGUUAAAAUGUCAGACGAGCCGUUUACGAUCCUGGCGCCGCAGAAUUCAGCGACGAAACGUGCGGAAAAUCUCCUGCAGCAGCCCGAGCUCGUAAAGAAGCUGCUGCUGGACCACGUGGUGCUCGGCACACGUCUGGACCUGACAAAUGUGACCGACAUCUCGUUCAAGACGUUAAGCGGACGUAUGGUGCACGUGAAGUCGACGAAGGACGGCAAACUGAAGGCGAACGACGUUAAUGUGCUGGAACGGAAGGUCGCCGUGCCGAAUGGCCUGUUGGUCGUGCUCGACAACUACCUCUUCGCCGACGAGCAGCCGGCCAGGAGGAACGCGACGCAAGCUAAAGUGGUUGAUAUCGGGCCGUUGUCGGGCGUCACGGCCAAGGGGGAGCUUAAAAAUCAAUCGAAUAUCACUUUCGUCGAGAACAUUAUGGAGGUGCUGUCGUUUCUGAAGAGCGGCGUAAGAGUUUUUCAGCACUUCCUGUCCCGGUCCAACGUUUCGAAGCUGCUCGAUGAGGGCGAAGAGUAUACGGUCUUCGUGCCGACCGACCACGCAUUCCAACGCUGGCAUCCGAUUGAUUGGGGCUUCUAUCCGUUCAGCGUGCCCGAAUUCACCGAGAGCAUAAUCACGAACCAUUUCGUGAAGGGCCGAUUGAAACAGGACACCAUUAAGGACGGACAGACCGUUAAAACGGUGGGCGGCAGGGAGAUCAUGUUCAAGAAGACUCCCAACUUGACCGUCAAUGGAGCCAUGGUGGUCAAAGGAGACACUCCGGUGGCCAAGGGCAACAUCAUGUUUAUCGGGGAGGUGUUGUUUGUGAGCGAGUCCGUCGUGUCGAAGCUGCACCAGCAGCACAGGGACAAAGAGACGCCACCGUUGUUGGCCUUCCCUUGGUUCGGGGCUCAGUUCUUGUCGCACGCCUUCCUGGCACUUGAAAGGGACAAACGGUUCUCGCACAUCACCAGGUUCCUGAACCUGGCCGACCUUGCACCGCACGUCUCCGGCACUGGUUACACCUUCUUCGUACCAACUGACUCGGCCUUCGAAAAGAUUGGGCUGGAUAAGAUGCCGGAUAAUUAUUUGAGCACCGGCGACGGACUGCAAAUACUUCUGAACCACUUCGUCAAGGGACGGCUGUACGACAAGGACCUAAAGAAUGAAGGCAAGCUGACUUCUCUGGGAAACAAAACCAUAGCCAUCAAAAGGGAUAAAGAACACGUGAAAGUGAACGAGGCAACCAUAGUGGAAAGUGAGGUUUUCGUAUACAAUCUGGGCACAAUGUUUUACAUAGACACCGUGUUGUUCACCAAUUCCAGCCCGCUGGUAACGACGACAUCGGCCGAGACGACCGCGGCGCCGAACAAAACGACGGUGGCGUAUACCACGCCGUCGUACAUCGAAAAGAUACCGGGCGAACUUACGGAAGAGGUGGGCUCGGAGCCGGACGUCCUGUUUGCCGACGGCACCGAACCUGGCAACAUCACGGAAACGAAGACGACGAAAAACACGACAAUUAAAUAAAAAUUCGGAGGGCUAGAUUAAUUAUUAGAUUUCAUUCGAUUUUAACGGUUUUUGUUUGUAUCUCAAGUGUGAUAAUUUUUUAACAACUGCCACGUUGAAAUUUAUUAUUUUUUUAAACAGUCUCGGAAAAAACACGUUUAAUUGCUGACAGUUUUUAAUGGUUUCUUAAAAUGUACGGAUAAACAAAUAAACAUGUAAUGUAUACUAAUAAAAAUGAAAAAAUCAUAUCAACGGGAUAUUAAAGAUAAGGGCUUUUAUAAGGGCUUUCAUUGUGCACAUGUAUUGUAAUCAGGAAAGACUAUUUUAUUUGAUUACAUUCCUAAAGCUUAGAAUCUUUAUAGAUAUAUAGAUGAUAAGAAAUAGUCUCCCUUGAUUCGGAACAUUAAUUUUCUUUCCCACCAAAAAAAUUAAACUAUAUAGCAUAGAAAAAUUUGGACCCCUUUAUUUGGAUACCUAUAUAGAAAUAUGUAUAAAUAACUAUGUGUAUAUAGUCAUAUAAAUAUUUAUGUAUUUUUUAGUUUUAAAAUAGAAGAAAAUGACUGAUGAAUGUUAGCAAACAAUUUGCAAAUAUUUUGUGAAUUGGUUUAUAUUUCUAUAAAAAAUAAUUAAAAAUCUGUUUACCAAUAUAGUAAAUAGAUAAAUGUUGUGUAAUACUGGAAGCUUUAUUAUAUCGAAAAGAAAUAUAUUUAAUAUUAGUAAAAACAAAUUGGAUUUAAUUUUAUCCAAAUUGCGCCACAGAACAAUAUAUGUAUAUCCUUGUUUUAAUCAUUCUUAAUUUUAUUAACAAAUUACACUAUUUAUAUGUGCAAUUUAGUUAUGUUUUAUAACAUUGUAACAAAUUUAAUUUUGUGAUUUUAUAAAAAAGCUAUGUAAAUUUAUUGUUAAUAAAUGGAUUUCCUAUUGCAUAAAA